GUACUUACGCCCAAACCGGAACAGGAAGUAAACAACCCGGGGUUAGUUAUCUUUCCCGAAGUAGACCAACAUAUUUUAAGAUCUCUCUUCUACGGAUUUGUCAUAUCACUCUUUGUGACAGUGAAACUUUGAAUUCUAUCACUGCAUUGAAAGCACCUUAUAUAACAUUCCCGCUAUUGUGAAGACGAUAUUUCACACGAUCGAGGGGCAAUCUGCUAGAACAAAAUUACGCCUCAAAAAUAUAUGUAUCUAGCUAGCUAGUUCGCUACCAGUGCUUAAUACCCGUCGUGCACAGUGCAUUUCUGCAUGAGUAUGACUCAGAAGUUGUUAGCAUUCGCAAAAGCUUGCAAAAUUCUGAGCCGGGUACAAGGGCUGGUGAGAUGCAGCCCAUAACAUCACCUGGCAGUGGCAGCAUUUUGAAGUCAGCCAGUUGGGAGUCAACAGCUGAUAAAGACGCACAGGAGUUGACAAAACAUCAGAUGCCCGCUGUCCCUCAGGCUACAGGGACCUUACAAUGUGGGGUAGGCUAUAACUCAAACACAAAAAAUGACUAAAACGUCAGGCACUGAGGUAGCGUCAUGGCAUAGUUAAUUUCAAUUCCACCCCUCAAUGUUAGCUAGCUAGCUAACUCGCGAUUCUCUCCACUUUCUUUAGGAUGACUGUCUGCUGGACUGCAUUUUGGGUCGAAGGCCUGGUUCAAGGCGACUUGGUUUUGCAAACCGGACUUUGCUGAAGGUGUUGCUUUGGCUGGUUCUGCUUGGGCUGUUUGCUGAGCUGGCCUUUGGGUUGCCUUUCUUCCUAAUCUCCCUCUUCUACUGGCUCUACCAGGGCCUGCGGAGCCCAGCUAAACGUCAACCUGGAGAACUGAGCGCAUACUCAGUAUUCAACCCUGACUGUCAGCCUCUCAUGGGCACCCUCACAGCAGAGCAGUUGGACUGUGAAAUGGGAAUACUUCAGCUAACCAUGUAAAGGAAUAGCUACAGAUUGUAACACCAGAUAAUGUGAUUUAACCCCCCAAAAUUGGUAUCCAUUAUACUGUGAGUUACAGGUUGGUACUGUUUGGUGUUGCACUGAAGUUUUCCACCAACCUUAGCUUGGCGAUGCUGCCUUCGUCCUCGAUUUGUGGAAACGGGAGUCUCAUAAAAUUACCUUGUCCAGUUGUAGGGGAUCCAUUAGAAUUUCUAAAAUGCUGUUAUUAAAAUAUAUAUAUUUUUUGCUCUAUGAAGUAAUCCAACAACGUGUACGCUGCAAUCUUGUCUAUUUCAAGUUCUCUCAUUGAUCGAGACAGGUCUGUCAUCAUGACAUACGGCACUUUAGGGUGGACCCACCUGUUUCGAUCAAUGAGAGAUGACUUGAAAUAGACAAGAUGGCAACAUGGAGCAAAACAAAUAUUUAAUUUAAUAACGGUGUAUUUUCUCCAAAUUCAAAGGGAACCCCUGCAACUGGACAAGGACAUUUUGAGACUCCUUUCCAAGAAUAGAGGACGAAGACAGUAUUGCCAAGCUAAAAUGGUCUUAAACUCUGUGCUCCACCAAACCUUUAUGCUCAGUGUAAUGGAUACUACAUUUUUUGGGUUAAAUCACAUUAUCUGGUGUUACAAUCUGUAGCUAGUAAAGGAACUGUUUAGAAAUGUGAGUGAGUUACGCCUUUUCUGUUAAAAUUAUCUUAUGAUGCUUGGUUGCACCUCGACUCUUUCAAUGAACGAAACACUAGUGUUGGUUGUAAUGUAAAACUGCUUGUUAAUUCCAUUAAAAUUUCUACAUUCACUAGUUGGAAUUUUAAAAACAUUUAUUUGUGUUACUUUGGUGAAAGCACACAGGGUUACACAAACACCAAAGAAAGACUGAGUAGUUGUCCCAUCAUUUGAUGUCACAGAGCAAGGCAACACCACGUAAGAUCCAGUGAUCGGGUGACUGCACCGUGCGUAUCACAACCCCUGUGAUGUAGGUGAGGUCUGUGCGCCGAGGCUUCUUGUAGACUGGGCAGAUGUAGAACUUCGGGUCCUUGGGGGCGGUGGAGUUGAUGGCGAACAUGUGAAUAACGGGCAGGGGGCAGAACAACACCUUGGGAGUGGCUUCGAUGAGACGGCAGUUCCUUCUGUCCCAGCCGGCCCCGUCCAGGUACAAACCGUAGACGUAGACCCCCUCCUGAGAGACAGAGAUAAGAGUAUGAUGGAUGGCAUUGAGAGGUAAAAAGGGAAAGCUGUAUGUAGUACAUGUGUUGUCAAUUACACUAUUUUGCAUGAGGCUACUUACAGCAGGAGAGGCAGUGAUCUCCUCCUUGCUCUGCUUCAGCACGUCGUUAUGCAGGGUGACUGUGUCCAGAGCCCAGCCCUUGUGAGCCCUGGUUACCUCCUGCCUCAUGGCUGUCAGGAAACCUGCAGCCAUACAGAUGGAGCAAACAUAAAGAGAUAUGCCAUUAUAAUCCAUUAACACAUUUAUCUAAUAUCUUCAAUGAUGUAAUAGGAUGAAGACAUGACAAAAAUGUCCUUGUAAAAUAGAUUACACUAAUUUAUGCUGAACUGUAUUUUGAAUAUUACAAGUAAAUUGAAAUUACCCUGCAAGUUUGAUCAGUUGGCCUAAUUCAUGUUUUGAACGAGACUCACCCUGAGGGUUGAAGAAGCCAGUCAUCCAGAAUGUCUUGGGUCUGCCUUCAAACACCCAGCUGUAGAACUGUGUGUUCCUCUCCAGCAGCUCAGUGAACCAGAAGCCAAGAGUGGACGACUCCCACGAGAUCUUCUUCCACAUGUUGGGGAUGCGCGCGUCAAACAUGUUGUCCAGGGCAUCACGCAGGUUCUAG